AAAUACUGACAGUCGUCGGAAAACUCCGGAUAAUAUCGCUAACGUAUUUCGAGAAACGGAAAGGGGGACGUGAAAAAGGGGGGUUUUGUGACAGUUAUGUAGAUCUUAGGUGACGUCCACGGUGACCUGGACAGGAGUGGGGAGCUUUUGAAGGCCUGGAUGAUUCUCUAAAUGAAGAGUUCCGACGUGAUGCACAUCGCCAGCUACAUAUGGCUGCUGCUCUGCUAUGCACAAAACGCCAGGAGUAAUCUGGUGGAGGAAUACGAGGAGCUGUCCGCUCACCCUCCAUUACCGCAGUUUCAUCGAGGUCUGGAGUUGCCGGUGGAGCUGGGCGUGGACACCUCCUCCGGCUGCAUCUGCAGGGCAGUGUACGGGAACACUAUCGUCGUCUGCUUUGGAAUCUACUGCGCGAAGUUUCCCAAGGUCAGAAUCAAGAGCGAAGUACUGAGAGUGCGGACAACAAUCAUAAAUAAAGUGGCAAGAGGAGAUCUUGAUGCUUAUUACUACCUGAGAGUAUUAGAUAUAGAAGCCAAUCAUCAACUGACUCAAGUGCAGCCAGGAUCAUUUCAAAACUUAAGCAAAUUGGAACAUUUAUCUGUAUCGUAUAAUACCCAGCUGCUUUCAAUCGACAAUAGAACAUUUGAAGGAUUGACAAGUCUUAAAAAUCUCACACUGGUCAACAACGGUUUCACAAACAUUUUAGAACUGACUCCAGCGUUCAUACCGAGCAUUUUACCAACGCUUACAUGGCUUGACAUAUCAGAAAACUCAUUUGAAAAAAUCCCAGCUCACGCUUUCGUUCCCAUGAUGGGUUCUACAAUAAGGAAAUUGGAUUUAUGCUUGUGCAGGUUGGAUUAUAUCCAUGAAGACAGCUUCUUGCCCUUACAAAAUUUAAAAGAAUUACAGUUAGGUGAAAACGAUUUGAGUUCAAACCUCAUAGAAAAUUUUCUAAUCAGUAUGUCCCAAGAGGGAGUGAAUCUGACACGUCUCGAUUUAUCCGGAAUGGGGUUUCGGAAACAACCACCAAAACGGUUGCUGGAAAUCAUUGCUCAGACAACUAUCAAAUGGUUAAAUCUUGCUCACAACCAAUUUGAAAUUAUUACUAACGACUCGUUCCCACCAAUGUUUAAUAUUGAACUAUUAGAUCUUAGAAAUAUCCUGGCCAUAUCUAUUGGUGGAGAUACAUUUUCACCCAGUAAAUUCCCAAAUUUGAAGGCUCUAUUCUUGAAUAAUAAUUAUCUGCCUGGUAUUCACUAUAAUCAUUUGUCAGACCAACUUAUAUAUUUAGAUUUAUCUAAUAACCAAGGAGAUGUCGAAAAUCCUAUGUAUUAUGAAAUAGGAAGGGAUACGUUUAUAAAUUCUAGGGAACUAAGAGUUUUAAAUCUAAGUUUUAACGCAAUUAAAGCUAUUUUUGAAUAUACCUUCCGUGGGUUAAGUAAUCUCAAGAUUCUGAAUUUAGAAAACGGUACAUUGUACCAUAUUGGACUUGGAACGUUCAAUUCAACGCCUCGUCUAAAACUUCUAAAUUUAGCAAAUAAUCCUCUCACGGCCAGUCAGAAUCUAUCAAGUGCACAAUUUGAAGGUUUGAACGAAUUGAGAGUUUUAAUAUUAAAAAACUGUGGAAUAAAACAAUUUAAUGACGAUGACAAUAUCUUUGAAAUAAUGCCAAAUUUAACUCAUCUAAUACUCAAGAAUAAUCAACUUUAUUACAUUACGCCUGAGACAUUAAAGCCAUUGAAACUCCUGCAAGUUUUAGAUUUAAGUGAAAAUUUAAUGAUAGCAUGGUGGAGACCCAUUUUUCUCUCCGCGGGUGUUAAGCCCAUUCACAUAGAUUUGAAAAACAAUAAGAUCUCUUUGUUUUCACUGAGUAUGAUACAAGACAUCAGCUACAUUCUUGAGAACAGGGGCAACAAGACGGCCGAGAUUGAACUCAUGGAUAAUAUGUUCACGUGCGACUGCAGCACUAUGUACAAAACAUCUCUAUGGUUGGAAGUCAACGGCUCUUCCGUGCUCAAGCAAUAUUUCUCCAAUUCUGAGUUUCGCUGCAGCAGCCCCGAUGUUUGGGAAUACAAAAAAGUGGCUGAUUAUAUGACCUCAAUAAAACGUUUGAAUUGCCUUGUAUACGAACAUUUCAAUCACGUCAUGGUGUUCAUGUGGACGGCGCCUACUGUUAUCACUUUUAUUAUAAUCGUGAUCGUGGGCACAGUUAUUUAUAAAUGCAGAAUAUAUAUUAGAUAUUGGUUAUUUUUAGCGAAGAUAGCAAUAGGUAGAAAGUUUAUAAGGAAAUCUCUCAAAUCGACCGGCAAUGAACUCAAGAGCUAUAAAUAUGAUGCGUUCGUGUCUUACUGCAACGAAGAUAGAGAUUUUAUUUCUGAAAUGGUGUCUCAGCUGGAGUCUCAUCCGCCUUAUUUGAAAUUGUGUAUUUAUGAAAGAGAUUUCGAGAUAGGCUCGUACAUAUCAGAAGCGGUAUUGACUAGUAUUAAUGAGAGCAAGUAUGUAAUACUUUUGAUUAGUAAUAACUUUGCUAAGUCGCAAUGGUGCAGGUGGGAGACACAGCUAGCGGAGUAUCACAGGUUGUUCCUGGAAGAUGGAACUGCGUACGAUCCUUUAGUGUUGAUAAAAAUUGGUGAUAUUGAGAACAAGUAUCUGUCGACGACGCUGAAGUACCUGCUGAAGUCGAAGAUCUACCACUGUUGGGACGAGACUAAUCAAACCGAAUUUUGGAGGAAACUGAGAAAUGUUUUGACUAGAAAAGUGUGAUGUGUUUUAUUUUUAUGUCCUUAUAAAUAUGUAAAUGUAAAAUAUUGUUUUCUUUGAUGAUAUUGGUCGUGGCUUCGCAUUUUAAAACGACCUUAUCUUUUUUGGUGCCGUGUGGUUCCUGGCUUUUUCGGAUAGGACCAUUACAUCUAUUCCCCAUGGAUAUCGUAAAAGGCGACUCUGAGACAGGCUAAUAAGCUUAUCUAUGAUGUUAAUACUGAAAUAGAAAUUAUCUACAUAUGUACCAGUCUAUCGAUUGAAGUAUUAAAAAAAUGAAUUAAAGACCACUUAAUGCACGGCCAUUCACAUCGAAUAAAGUUGUUACUUUUUAUUUUAUUGA